GUGUGGGGCGGGAGGGGGGGGGCAGCCUGGAGGGUGGAACCAAACCCUGGGCUAGCCAAACAGGUGUCUUGGAGUCGCCGCGGCAGCACGCGAGGUGCGGGCUCCUGAAGGCGGUGCGGGGCACUUCCUGCUGCGGGCGCUUCUGAGAACUGCCAUUGGGUCCGCCUGCCCAGCCGCCCGCUAUUUGGUGGGAUUGUUGCGACCUCUUCGCCGUGGGUCCUUCCCCUUUGCCUUCCCGCGCCUUCCACCUCCUCGCGCGGUGCCUGCCGUCGGGCGGCGACGGUGAGACGCUGGCUGCACCCGGUUUACGGCGGGACCAUUUAGCGGUCCUGCCCCGCAGGGCCCUCCCGGCCCCCUCCGACCUGUGGGUCGAGCGGGACCUGUCGCUCAGGUGUGGGCACCUUCUGCGAGAGCCUGCCGGCUGCCGCGCCACCUGAGCUUCCAGCGAGUGGGCGCCUUCCACGAGUGUCGGAGACUUCUGGGCUUUCUUGGAAUAUCAGAAAUACAGUUUCGGGAAAUGGCCUCUAAAUCUUGGCUGAAUUUUUUAAUCUUCCUCUGUGGAUCAGCAAUCGGAUUUGUUUUAUGUUCUCAGCUACUUAGUAUUUUGUUGGGAGAACAAGGUGAUACCCAGCCUAAGAUUCUUCAUAAUGAUCCUCAUGCUGGGCAUUCAGAUGAUAAUGGACAGAAUCAUCUAGAAGGACAGAUGAACUUCAAUGCAGAUGCUAGCCAACAUAAAGAUGAGAACACAGACAUUGCUGAAAACCUCUAUCAGAAGGUUAAAAUUCUUUGCUGGGUUAUGACAGGGCCCCAAAAUCUAGAGAAAAAGGCUAAACAUGUCAAAGCUACAUGGGCCCAACGCUGUAAUAAAGUGUUGUUUAUGAGUUCAGAAGAAAAUAAAGACUUCCCUGCUGUGGGAUUAAAAACCAGAGAAGGCAGAGACCAGCUAUACUGGAAAACAAUUAAAGCUUUUCAUUAUGUUCAUGAUCACUAUUUAGAAGAUGCUGAUUGGUUUUUGAAAGCAGAUGAUGAUACAUAUGUUAUACUAGACAAUUUGAGAUGGCUUCUCUCAAAACACAACCCUGAAGAACCCAUUUACUUUGGGAGAAGGUUUAAGCCCUAUGUAAAGCAGGGCUACAUGAGUGGAGGAGCAGGAUAUGUACUGAGCAAAGAAGCCUUGAAGAGAUUUGUUGAUGCAUUUAAAACAGAGAAAUGUACACAUAGUUCCUCCAUUGAAGACUUAGCACUGGGGAGAUGCAUGGAAAUUAUAAAUGUAGAAGCGGGAGAUUCCAGAGAUACCACUGGAAAAGAAACUUUUCAUCCUUUUGUACCAGAACACCACUUAAUCAAGGGUUAUCUACCUAGAACAUUUUGGUACUGGAAUUAUAACUAUUAUCCUCCUGUAGAGGGGCCUGGUUGCUGUUCUGAUCUUGCAGUUUCUUUUCACUAUGUUGAUCCUACAACUAUGUAUGAAUUAGAAUACCUCGUUUAUCAUCUACGUCCAUAUGGAUAUUUAUAUAGAUAUCAACCUGCCUUACCUGAGAAUAUACUAAAGGAAAGAAGUCGAGCAUACAAAAAUGAAGAUACAAAAGUAAAGUUGGGAAACUUUGAAAGAAAACAUGAAUGAACAGAGGUAAAAUGUCUAGCAUUGCACUGAAGAACUUCUGCAUUUCUUUUAUAGAACACUGGACUCCCAGUGAAGAAUUCUAAGUGAACAUUCCUUAUUAGAAAUCUUUCAUAUGAAUUGACUGUCAACUGAAGCUUUAAUGAGCUGUGAGGUCUGUUAAAAUGUGUUUUUGAUACAGUAAUAUAUAUAUAUGAAAAACUUGUGAUUUUAUAAUGUUGGCCAGGCAAGGGGACUAGAAAAGAGAUUUUAUUGCCCAUUCCUGACCACAUGUAUUAUUUUCAGCGGGAAGCUAAAACAGUAAAAUUUGUUAAAACAUCACUGUACCAUAUUAGUAACACACACAUGAUGUUAAACAGAUCUGCCUUAAAAUUUUAGAAGGAAGUGUUGUUGUUUUUGGUGGUGUUUGUAAACUCAAGACAUGAGUUUAUGUUUGCAAUGUAGUAUAAAGGAACCAAACUCCCUGCCACCCCUCCCCCCACCAUACACACACCAGUGUGCAGUUUUGGCUAAUCAAAACUUUGCUGUGACUUUAAAAUUGGCAGUAUUUCUUUCAGAAGUAGGUAGAACAAGAAUGCACUUAUCUUAACGUGCAUUAAUAAAAUCACAUUUUGAAAUGAUCAUGGUCCUUGACUGUAAUAUAUACAUACUUGGUUUUAAUUAAUAGUUAACCUUAUACGGGCAUACCUCAUUUUAUUGUGCUUUGCUUUAUUGCACUUCAUAGAUUUAGUUUUCAAACCGAAUUGAAGGCAAGAUUUCCUCUAUAAGCAAAAAGAUUAGGACUCACUUUAUUGUGAGACUUGCUUUAUUGAGGAGGUCUGGAACAGAACCCACAAUAUCCCUUAAGUAUGCCUACACUGAGUCCCUGCUGUCUCUUCUAAGUAUGUUCAACCGUUCUUGGAUACUAUUUUCAGCUAGCAUUUGGUAAACAUGGAUUUUUAAGUAUUUUGUUCCCAUUUUACCCAUUGUUAAUUGUGGGUAACUAAUAGUUACUGUAAUGCUUUGGGGGGAAUGCUUUUCUUAUGUCAGUGCCACUCUCAGGAAUUACUAAGCAACAUUUUUAAUUGAUUAUUUAAAACUCUUUCCAAUUAUAUAACUGUAGUUCCUUUUAUUCUUACCCUGUUGUGAGACACUUGUUUGUACCUUUCAUAAUUUGUUUAAAGCAGUUUUGAAUUUAUUUUUAGAAUCUGAGGUGGUUAUUAGUUACACUGGCAAAAUAAUUUAAAUGUAGGAUUUUACCCAGAGUUAAUUAAAAACAUUAGAAAACACAAAGUUCUUAAGCUGAAGUAUGUCAGAUAUUAAAAGACCAAAUACUUAAUUUGUGAAUAGCAUCUGAAUUUUGAUUGCUGGCUUACAUACACAGGGUGGGACACAAGUAGAUUUACAGUUGUUCAUAUGGGAAAUAAUGCAAUAAUUAAUAAAGAAUAACAAGAAUGAACACUGUUUUGCGUACUUACAACUGUAAACCUACUUUUGCAGCACCCUCUAUUUUGGGAUGAUUGUUUUGCUAAUGUGUAGAUAAUUUCAGUUGAGUAGAAUACCCAUUUAAGACUGCCAUCAAAAACACAUAUGAAUGUUUUGUUCUAAUUAUAGUGACUAUCUAAAGAGUUUCUGGAAGGAAAAAUUCUUUUCAUUUUUGUUACCUUUAACAAUAUUACCUGAGUGUAUCAUAACAAUAUUUUACAGCCUUUCUGUAAUACUAUGUUACAUGUUACAGAUGGUUUACAUUUCCCUUAUGUUUAUCAUUAUGCUAAUUUUACAUGGCUGUCACACCAUUGACCCUGAUGCUUAACUAAGUAGUUUAUUGUGCCAAACAUGUCAAAACCGUGACCUCUUUGAUGGUGUAUUUGAGAGGAUGUUCAUAUUAGUGGCCAGUUAUGGAUACUCUGCCCAUGUUGUAGAAACUUUACACCAAUUUUUAUCUAUUAAAUUGUUUUUCAUGGUGUUCAUGGUGGUUUCACCUGCCAAAAUUUCAAGGCAUUCAUUCUAUUUUUUGAGCAGCUCUUCACCUUGGUGUGCAUAUGAAUUUGAGUCCAUAUUUGCUAUUGUACUUUUCUGUGCUACUACAAGUAUAUAUGGUUUAUCAUAAACAUCCAAAAGCAUUAGAAUUUACUCACAGGAAAUUAGCAUGUGAAAAAUCUUGGGGUCCAGAGUCAGACUGCCUGGGUUUAAAUUCUUGCUUCAUCACUUACUAGUCUUGUAACCUUGAGCAAUUUACUUAAUCUCUCUGUGCCUCAAUUUCCUCAUCUGUAAAUUAGCAACAAUAAUAUUACCUACCUCACAAGAAUUUUAUGAGGAUUAAACAAGUGAAUAUAUUUAUGGCUUUUAGAACACUGUCUGGCCCAGAGGAUGGAGCAAUAAGUUUAAGGUUUUAUGGUUAACUUGGAGUGUAAAUAUUUGUUUCAAAUGAAUGAAAAAUCUACUUUAAUGGAAUCAGAUACUGAAGGAACUAUUUUGUACAUUUCUUAUCAGUAAUUACUAGUUUUUAUCUGAUGCGUACUAUAUGCUAAGUACUGUGCUUAGAUACUCUGUGUACAUUAGUGUUAAAUCCUCACAAAUUGGGUGUUACUUCCAUAAUAUAGAUGAGAAAACAGAGGUUCAGAAUUAAAGUAACUUUUCCACUGUCACAAAGCUAAUAAUGAGAUUUCUACUCAAAGCCAGUAUGUUCUUUGUACCACGUCAGCUCAGAGGUUAGUCAUUUAGCAUUAUUUCCACUUUUACUUACUGACAUGUGACAUCUUUUACUCAUUGGCCAGUAAUAGUAAAAUUAGCCAGAUUGCCAUAAUGCUUCUCAAAUUGUGGCUUUUAUAGUCUCGCCUGGGAGCUUGUUAAAACUCAAAUUUUACACCAAGCCCAGAAAUUCUGAAUCUAGCAUGGGGCCCAACACUAGUCAUUCUUCAGAGCUACCCUUGGGCUGUGGUUCUCAAAGUGUGGUGUAAACUGCAGUUUCCGGGCCAUUUGGGAACCGGUUGGAGAUCUUAUCUCUCCUGGGCCCUGUCUCAGACCUACUGAAUCAGAAACUAGGACUGGAGGCUAGCAGUUAUAUUUAAACAAGCCCUUCAGGUGAGGCUCAUUCGUGCUAGUUUGAGAACCUUUUUACACUAAGAUCUAAGUGAUUCUGAUGCAAAUGAUCCUUCAAACAUGCAAAGAAUCACGGCAUAAGUAAGGUAUCUUUCAAAGAUUUAGAUAGAGCAUGUUUUAGAUAGUGUAGUCCAAGAUUACACUGUAUUAAAUGUAAAAGACUUUAAAGAUGAUUUAAAGGGUCAGUGGAUCAUUUAUUUUGACAGAAUUUUUUUAACUUUUUUAGAGUGGCUAAUAUCAGGACCUACAGAGUAAAAUCUGUAAUUCUUCGAAUUUAGUAAUUUCACAUUGGGGCAGGAACAGUUCAUUAAGUAAGUGCAUAUUACUUCAUUAAAAGCAUAUGUAAAUGAAUGUCAUUAAAAAUGUCCACAGUUAAUAAAAAUUUUUAAAUAGA